AUGCAACUGCAAAGUUAUGAAAGAGCCACUUUAAAGUUUUUUUUUGCACUUGCCUUUUCCGCGAUGCAGCAGCUGGACCCUCUUGUUUCAUCUCGGCGGGAAGCAGGCAGCAGCUCCGAAGCAGGCAGCAGCUCCGAAGCAGGCAGCAGCUCCGAAGCAGGCAGCAGCUCCGCAGCAGGCAGCAGCUCCGAAGCAGGCAGCAGCUCCGCAGCAGGCAGCAGCUCCGCAGCAGGCAGCAGCUCCGAAGCAGGCAGCAGCUCCGCAGCAGGCAGCAGCUCCGCAGCAGGCAGCAGCUCCGCAGCAGGCAGCAGCUCCGCAGCAGGCAGCAGCUCCGCGGCCUCCGCCAGUCAAGUGACUGCCAGCGAGCAGCACGAGGAGAACACGCGGCACUUCGGCUCCUCCUGGCCUCUGCUGCGCUGUGCCUUGGCCAGCAAGAGGCUGUUCCGCCAUGUCAUCUCCUUCUCCGUGAGUCAUUAUGCGUUCCCUGUAUGUCAUCCCCUUGUGGCCAAGCUCCUCUCUAAUUUGGGUGGGUGCUGGGUGGUCCCUUCCCUGUGUGAGCAGGAGCAACAGCCCAUCUCCCUCGUGUUCAAUAGCCAGGAGAUCCAACGGUCAGGAGCGCUCUGCAGCUUCCUCAAACUCCCGGGUCACAAGUCCAUUGACCUCACUUUUACCAGCUUGCCUGAUCUGCAGAGCUUCGACCGGCUUAUGGCGUCAUCUGCUCACUUCCUCACAAGACUAAGCCUUGUGAAGACACCGACCAUAGUGAAGGAUUCGACUGAACAGUACGAAUCUGCUCAGCACGAGCUGAUCAAUCCGGCCUUUCUCAAGGGGUUUCAGCAGCUGCAGCGGCUGAAGCUAGGCCGUGGGAAGUGGCAACUGGGCAAUGUGGAUGCGGCAUGGUUCAAGGCUCUAAGGAGUCUGACCAUCGCGCAGAUUGAUUGCGUGAAGCAUGACCUUAACUUCCUGUCUUCCAUCACCCCGCAGCUGCAUGAUUUCUCCCUUUUCUCCUUGAGGCUUAAGAGCAUAGUUCAUCUCUGUAAACUAACGCUUGAGUUUUCCGUUGCUCGAGCUGUCACCAUCAGAUUUGAGAACCAGCUGCUUGUAAUCAACCUCUCCCUCCCUCCCUCUCUCAAGAGGCUUUCUAUCGAGGCAGACGAGUUGGAGGUCAACUGCAAGGGCGCCACCUCUCUCUCUCUCGACUCUCUCGCCCUCACUGGCCGCAUGCAGCUCAUUGUUUUUUCACUCCCGCCAUUAGCUUGUGCCAACACGGUCCUCUUGAAUGGACCACACGUCCUGAACCAUACCUUCUGGCGGUCCCUCUCCUUGACCCAGCUGCUCAGGACCAUAGCGCCAACAGUGGAGACGCUUAUAGUGAGGCAUGGGUGGCCGCUGGAGAGUGUGGAUGCAGAGUGGAGCCGCCUGCGCUGCCUUGGGAUUGGCGUGGAAGGUUGGGGAAGUGGUGGGGAGAGGAUAAGACCGGCUACUGUGGAGGAAAGAGUGAGGAGCCGCUGUGUGGUGGAGACGAUGAGGCUUCCUUUUAUUAAGUCUCGGAAGCUGGAUGUGACAAGGCUUCCUUUCAUUCGAGCUCCAGAGCUGGAGUGUAUCUACUUUCCGACUCGGCAGUGCAAGCCCGAGAUGCUGGUGUCGCUGCAGCGGCAGUUCCCAUCCCUGACGUUACUGCUUAACCCCUCUCUCUCUUUCUUUUUCCCACACUCCUCCACACUCCUCCCUUUACAGAUCUUCCGCACUGGCUUUAUGAAGGCGUUGCAGAGGGCGUUCGGGGAAGAGUGGUGUGCAGUGUUUGACAUCCGUCCAGAAGUUCAAUUUCUCUCUCUCCCCUUCCCCCACACCUUACUUUCCGUGCAGAUCUUCCGCACUGGCUUCAUGAAGGCACUGCAGAGGGCGUUCGAGGAGGAGUGGUUUGGGGACUUAGAAGCUGCAUCGUGUGCCGCGUUUGACAUUCUAGAAGACAUGGCUUCGAGCGGCAUGGCUGAGAAGGGCGGACAGAAAGUCAUUCCGCCUGCUGCUCUGGAGAUGCUCAAGAAAAUGCUGCAACAGUAG